GCACUUGCCCAUCUCGAUUGUCUCGUUCCAAACAAAAACUCCCACAGCACAAAAAAUACAUAAGAAAAUAUGCCGUCUGCUAAUAACUCUCCAGUUUCCGGCCAUAUUGUUUGUGUUACUGGCGCCGGUGGCUUCAUUGCUUCUUGGAUUGUUAAGCUUCUUCUUGAGAAAGGAUACACUGUCAAAGGGACUGUUAGGAAUCCUGAUGACCCAAAGAAUGAUCAUUUGAGGGAUCUUGAAGGAGCAAAAGAAAGAUUAAUCUUGUGUAGAGCUGAUCUUCUUGAUUAUGAAGGUCUUAAAGAAGCCAUUCGAGGGUGUGACGGUGUUUUCCAUACUGCCUCGCCUGUGAGCGUGUCCGACGUUCAGGAUAAUGUGGAGCCGGCGGUGCUUGGAACAAAAAACGUGAUUUUGGCUGCCGCCGAUGCAAAAGUCCACCGUCUAGUGUUCACAUCAACAAUUGGUGCUGUUUACAUGAACCCCCAUCGAAGCUCUGAUGUCGUCGUUGAUGAGUCCUGCUGGAGCGAUCUUGAUUACUGCAAGAACACUAAGAAUUGGUAUUGCUAUGGAAAAACUGUGGCAGAGCAGGUGGCGUGGGAGGAGACGAAGAAGAGAGGGCUGGAUCUGGUGGUGGUGAAUCCAUCUCUGGUGCUCGGACCGCUGCUGCAAUCAACAAUCAAUGCUAGCAUUAUUCACAUUCUCAAGUAUUUAAAUGGAUCAGCCAAGACUUAUGCUAAUUCAGUUCAGGCAUAUGUGCACGUUAAGGAUGUGGCACUUGCCCAUAUUCUUGUUUACGAGACUCCGGCCGCCUCCGGCAGAUACCUCUGUGCCGAAAGCAUGCUUCACCGCAGCGAAGUGGUGGAGAUUCUUGCCAAGUUCUUCCCUGAACAUCCCGUCCCCACCAAGUGUUCAGAUGAGAAGAACCCAAGAGUGAAACCCUACAAGUUCUCAAACAAGAAGCUGAAAGAUCUAGGGUUGGAGUUUACACCGGCGAAGCAAUGCUUAUACGAUGCCGUUAAAAGUCUCCAAGAGAAGGGUCACCUUCCUGUCCCUCCAACUUCAAGAGAUUAGGAAAGGAUUCUCAAAUGAACAAUCAUCAUCAUCAUUAAAAAACUAGAAAAAGAAUCAAGAAAUAAUCAGCAUUAACAUAUAAAUUAAAGUUAACGGUUUAUACUUCCAUGGAUAAUUGAAUAUCUAAUAUUUAUGAAAGUUAAUCUUCGAAACUAUAA